AAAAAUAUAUAUAGAUAUAUAAAAAAUCAAAACAUUGCAUCUGACUCCAAUAUUCUAUUUUUGUUAUUGCAAAUAAAUAUAAAAUUACAAUUGUCAUAUUUACUAAUUGAUAAAUAAAUAAAAAUGACAUCUUUAUCACAAGUAAAGUCGCAAAUAAAAUUACCAGAACCUCGUUAUUACGGAAAUGAACCGGUUCAGUAUGGAUUUAGAAUAGGUAACCUCUUUAUUAUUGAUUUGACUGACAAAAUGUUUAUCAAAGAUGAACUUGGUAUCACACCCUUUCAUCAAUGUCUUGAUGCUUACAUGAAAGUCAUGAGAAAAAAACUCUCCGCGAAUGCGGAAGAUUGGAUGGGUUUGAUGUUUUGCCGCGCAAAUAAAGAACUUGUAGAAGAUGAGUAUCCAGCAGAUGACGAGAAUGAAACUGAGCCAAGGAAUGUUCUGUCAGUACAGAAAUUCAAAAUGAUUGAACGAGAUAUGUACAUGGAUGUCGCCAAAAUGCGUGAUAAAGAUAUCGAUUACUAUAAAAAACUAUGUUCAUCUGAUAAUAAUUCUAUUUCUGAUGUUCUGCUACACGCGACCAGAACUUACAAUGCAGUAAAAAAAGUAAUGGCAGGUCGUAAAGUUAUUUUUAUGACUUGUGAUGACAAUCCAGCCCUCGCAAAUCCCGAGGAGAGAAAUCGUAUACGAAUCAAUGCUAAGAGUUUCAAAGAUCUUGCUAUCAAGCUUCAGGUCGUAGGUUUAGGCGAUGAUUGGAACUACGAGUUGUUUUGGAAAGAAAUAGAAGAGAUAUCUGACAAUUUAGCUGCGCGGAAUUUCCGGCGAGUUGGAUUGGGCGAACUGGAAGAAGAUAUCGUUCAUAAAUCAUUCGUUGUUGGUCAUCUGGACUUUCGUGUUCAGCCGAAUUUGAAAAUUCGUGUCAGCGUACAAGCGUUUUCUAAAACUCGUAAAGUUUUGCGUAAAAUAACAGCAAGUAAAGCUACCAAUGAACCGCUUGAUAAGUAUUCUUGGUGGUCAUUUGAUGAGAACGUGUUUGAUGAACUGGAGGACAAUGAUGAUGCUUCCAGGCUGCAAGAUCCAAAUGAUCUAAAGCGAUCACAAAGGUACGGUCUCAAAGAUAUUCUGUUUACACCAGAGGAAGUUCGACGUCUCCACCACGUCCAUGAUCAGGGAAUCGAUCUCUUGGGGUUCAAGCCGAUGUUAAAUCGAGAGCCCAUGGAUCAAAUAAAUCAUCCUUAUUUUCUUGGGUGCCAUAGUGCGGCCAGUAAAGGUCAGAUUGAACUUUUUGCUGUACUACUGGCUAAGAUGAACGAGAAAAAUCUCAUGGCAGUCUGCAGCAUCACCAUCAAAAAAACAGGAGCACCCAGACUGGCUUAUUUGAUACCCUAUGUUCAGUAUGGGGGUUUUUAUUUGUUCCGUAUUCCGUUUAAACAUGAGGUGAGAACGUUGGAUGACAUAACUAACAAGUAUAUUUUUGAUGAAGAUGAAAAUCCGGCGCCGAUAAAUGAGGAGAAGUUAACGCUGAUUAAAAAUCUUGUAAAGAAACUGAGUGUCAAGUACGACGUUACCAUGUUCGAAAAUCCGAAGCUACAGAGACAAUUAACUUACGUCGAAAAUCUGGCGCUGGAAUUACCGCCGCGAGAACCACCGGCCGACACGACUCUGCCUUCGGUGGAAGACAUUACGGACCGUCUGAGCCAGGGAAAUCUUUUUGAUCGAUUGAAAAGCACAAUUGACAAUACUGCUCACUUGAUUCCAACUUCAAAGGUAGUAAAAGCUGACAUGGAAUACGUUAGAGAAGUUUUGGAAGAGGAAAACUUUAGUAAACUUACUGUUGAUAAGUUGAAGGCCAUACUUAAGGCUUUGGAUUUAAGCAUCACGGGAAAAAAACAGGAUCUCAUUAAUAGGCUUCUUGAGUACAAAGCGACGCACUAAUGACUAUUUUAAUUUUUAAUCAACUUCAUUACCUCUUGAGAGUAUUAUAAAAGAGUUAUCGUUAAAUUUUAUGAGAACGGUAUAUUUAUUAUUACUAAUAUUUUAUACUGUAAAAUUAGUUUGUAAAUUUCUUUACAA